AUGAAGAUUCUGCAGCUAAAUCUUAAUCACUGCGAAGAUGCCCACAACUUGCUCACGCAAACGGCACGAGAGCUAAAAAUUGAUGUUGUACACAUAUCAGAGCCCUACAAAAAGCUCAACAUAGGAACCUGGAUAUCAGACAAAUACAACCAAGCAGCUAUUUGGGUCUGCAGCAUGCAGUCUAUCCAAAACCUUGCUUACCAACCAACAGUUGGCUUUGCAAGAGCAAAAGUUGGCGGGAUACAUCUCUAUAGUUGUUAUGCACCACCGAGCCUUUCAAUUGAGGAUUUUGCCAUAUUAGUAGAUAACCUCACGGACGAUGCAAAAAACUACAGUCCAGUAGCUAUUGGUGGGGAUUUCAAUGCUUGGGCAUGGCAUGAAUGGGGUAGUAAGUCCACAAACCCAAGGGGGCAGAUUCUCAUUGAAGCUAUGACGUCACUGGAUGUAGUUCUUAUGAACAGGGGUGACAAAGCAACAUUCGUUAGAGGGGAAGCAUCUUCGAUUAUAGACAUAACCUUUGUAAGCAGCCAACUUGCCAAAGGAAAAAACCACUGGAAAGUUACGGAAAUCUAUACAGCUAGUGACCACCAAGCCAUUUAUUGGGAAAUAGGUGCGACUAUAAAAGAUAGACUGAACACCAAAACUCAUGGAUGGAAAAUAAGCCAUUUUGACUCCGAAGCUUUCAAAGUAGCAUUAAUUGACCAGCCUCUCCUAGGUAAUGACCCUAACGAAAAAGCAGAUGUGAUCAAUAGAAGAAUUACUGUAGCCUGUGAUGAGACCAUGCCUCGUAAACGUAGCUCAUACCUACUGCCCCCGGUUUACUGGUGGAACGAGACGAUCUCUUCAAUCAGAAAGCAAUGCAUCAGGACGAGAAGGCUUGCACAAUGCGCUCGUAAGAAGCCACAUUACCAGAAGAUGAGGGCAAGUUAUAAAGAGACACGCAGACUGUUGAAUAGAGCAAUCAAGGAGAGCAAGAGAAGGUCUUGGGACGAAUUACUGAUGGAGCUCGAAACGGACCCGUGGGGAAAACCCUAUAAAAUUGUAAUGUCACAGUUGAAAAGACAGCCGUCACCUAGUCCGAAAUGCCCGAAGUUACUCAGUGACAUUGUAACUACACUUUUUCCCAAACAGAAAAUGUACAGGUUGAGUAUACCAACACGCAAAGAGGAGAUUCAACUAUACCGCCAGUGA